AUGGUGUGGCCUGAUGGAAGUAGAUACGCAGGUAACUGGUUGAAUGACAGUCGUGCAGGACCGGGCGUAUUCAACUCAAGCGAUUAUAGUAUGUACGAAGGCAACUGGAAAAAUGAUGAAAAAUCUGGUCAAGGAUUGAUGACCUGGCCUGACGGACGACAAUAUAAUGGUGAUUGGGUUGAUGGUAGAGUAUCGGGUCAAGGUGUAAUGUCAUGGCCUGAUGGCGGUAAAUAUGAAGGAAGUUUCAUUGGCGGCUCUCGGAACGGAAAUGGAACACACACAUUCAGUGAUAAACGAGUAUACUUAGGUAACUGGGUUGAUAACAAAAAGUCUGGCCAAGGCUCAAUGACUUGGCCUGAUGGAAAAACGUAUCACGGUAGUUGGAUUAAUGAUAGUAUUGCAGGUGAAGGAACCAUGAGGUGGGCAUCUGGAGACAAAUAUGUUGGAAUGUUCAUUAACGGAAAUCGGCACGGUUCUGGAACUCAUCAGUAUGCGAAUGGUGACAGUUAUAUUGGUGAUUGGGAAAAUGACCUGAGAUCCGGUAGAGGUAUACUGACGUGGUCGAAUGGAAAAAAAUAUGAUGGUGAUUGGAAAGGCGACAAAAGAUCAGGAAAUGGUACAAUGGUGUGGCCUGAUGGAAGUAGAUACGAAGGUAACUGGUUGGAUGACAACCGUGCAGGAUUGGGUAUACUUAGCUUAAGUGAUGGAAGUAUGUAUGAAGGCAGCUGGGAAAAUGAUAAAAUAUCUGGUCAAGGAUUGAUGAUCUGGCCUAACGGACGACAAUAUAAUGGCAAUUGGGCUGAUGGAAAAAGAAACGGAAAUGGCACGUGUAAUUAUACUGAUGGUAGAAUAUACAGAGGCAGUUGGCUGGAUGACAAGAGAUCAGGUCGAGGUAAAAUGAUAUGGCUCGAUGGAGGUAAAUACGAAGGUGACUGGCUUGAUGGAAAACGACACGGAAAUGGUACGAAUAUAUACAUCGAUGGCAGAAUAUACAAUGGAGGAUGGAUCAACGAUAGCAGAUCGAAUUACGGUAUUAUGCUAUUCACAGAUGGUGAUCGGUACGAUGGUUUUUGGGCUAACAGCAAGAGGAAUGGAUUUGGUACAAUGCAGUAUGUGGAUGGGCGAAUUUACAGAGGUAAUUGGAUAAACGAUAAAUGUACAGGGCGAGGAAAUUUGUCUUGGGCUAAUGGUGACAUGUACGGUGGUGAUUGGGCAGAUGGAAAGAGAACUGGCUCAGGAAUGAUACGAUAUGCUGAUGGAAGAACGUACGAAGGCAACUGGUUCAAUAAUAGGCGCUCAGGCCACGGUGUUAUGACAUGGCCUGAAGGCAAUAGAUACGAAGGUAGAUGGACCGACGGCAGGAAAAAUGGAUCCGGUAAAAUGCAAUAUGUCGACGGCAGGACAUAUGUUGGUGGUUGGCUGAAUGAUACGAAAUUUGGUCAGGGCGUUAUGAUCUGGCCAAACGGAAGAGUUUGUAAUGAUAAUUGGAGAAACGAUAAAGCAGAUUGUGAAACAACUACUACUACUACUACUACUACGACGACGACGACGACGACGACGACGACGACGACGACGGCAACAACCGAAUUCAUGUCAACUACAGCAGGGCGAGGAAAUUUGUCUUGGGCUAAUGGUGACAUGUACGACGGUGAUUGGGUAGAUGGAAAGAGAACUGGCUCAGGAAUGAUACGAUAUGCUGAUCGAAGAACGUACGAAGGCAACUGGUUCAAUAAUAGGCGCUCAGGCAACGGCGUUAUGACAUGGCCUGAAGGCAAUAGAUACGAAGGUAGAUGGACCGACGGCAAGAAAAAUGGAUCCGGUAAAAUGCAAUAUGUCGACGGCAGGACAUAUGUUGGUGGUUGGCUGAAUGAUACGAAAUUUGGUCAGGGUGUUAUGACUUGGCCAAACGGAAGAGUUUGUAAUGACAGUUGGAGAAACGAUAAGGCAGAUUGUGAAACAACUACUACUACUACUACUACCACGACGACGACAACAACAACAACAACAACAACAACCAGAUUCAUGUCAACUACAGUAGGCCGUGUCGCAUUCAGCUAUUCCGGCUUCUUGACAGCGGGCAGCAAUUCAUUUAGGCGUCCUCUUGGCGGCGAAUCUGAUACAUAUUAUUUCAAGGCGCUCAAAGUGAUAGCUUCUACUAGUGGCUCUUAUACGUUUACCUCCGGUAGUACCACUGACUUGUAUGGCUGUUUGUAUUCUUCAUUCAGUCAAUACUCUCCAUCCUCAAAUUUAAUUGAAUGCAAUGAUGAUGGUGCUUAUGGAGUGAAUUUCGAGCUCAUUACAUAUCUGUCGACCUACCAAUCCAAGGUUUUAGUUGUAACAACAUACUUGCCUUACACAACAGCAUCAUUCGACGUCAAGGCCGAUGGUCCUGGUAUAAUUACUUGGGAAAAUAUAUGA